CUUCUGUGGUCGUUUUAAAAUGUUUAAUUAUUUCAGCUGACGUUACUGAGUCAAGUUAGCACGAAUGUUUACACAGUUGGUUUAUUUAGCUAGUGUCAGCUAGCUACUAGGUUAGCUGCGGUUAGCCAAGUCAACUUCCUAGUUACGUUAAGUCACUCUACUGUUGUCUUCGCUGUUGUUUGACAAUUCCCAAUUAAGUUAGUGUUAUCUCAUCAAUUUGUUAAAAGGCCUUGAAAUCAGAAUCAUUUCAACAACUGUUUAUUGUGACUGGGUAAUGUUAGCUAACAUAUAUAUACUGAGAUUUGGGGGGACCGUGACCGUAUCGUUGUACCACAUUCUCUGCAGUACGAGUCUUUUUUACUUUUUGUUCUAGGGUAACGUUAGACUGUACUUCAUGGUGCACAGAAGCUGUCAUUGAUCAGGAGAUCUGUCCGUCAGCCAUGUAUGCCUCGGGGAAAUACAGCUCGCGGGGCCCUGCUCUUAUCCCGCGGAUGAAAACCAAGCACCGCAUUUAUUACAUCACGCUCUUCUCCGUGGUGCUGCUCGGACUCAUCGCCACCGGGAUGUUUCAGUUCUGGCCCCACUCCAUCGAGUCCGCAGCUGACUGGACCCUUGAUAAACGCAGUGUUCACGAGGCACCUCUGGUCCGCCUCCCCGUCUCCAGUCCGAUUCCUGAGAGGGGGGACCUCAGCUGUCGCAUGCACACCUGCUUUGACGUGUACAGAUGUGGCUACAAUCCUAAAAACAGAAUCAAGGUGUACAUCUACCCUCUGCAGAAGUUUGUGGAUGAAUUGGGGGUUCCCAUCAGCAGCACUGGACUGUCUCGAGAGUACAAUGACCUGCUCAGUGCCAUCUCUGACAGUGACUUUUACACUGACGAUGUCACUAGGGCUUGUCUUUUUGUCCCAUCCACUGAUGUGCUGAACCAGAACUCCCUGCGUAUCAGAGAGACUGCCCAGGCUCUGGCAAUGCUACCCAGAUGGGACAAAGGGAUGAAUCACCUUCUUUUCAACAUGUUACCCGGCGGCCCUCCAGACUACAAUACUGCUUUGGAUGUUCCCAGAGACAGAGCGCUGCUGGCUGGAGGUGGUUUCUCUACAUGGACCUACAGACAAGGUUAUGAUGUCAGCAUUCCAGUGUACAGCCCCCUGUCUGUGGAAGUAGAGCUGCCUGAGAGACAACCAGGGCCGCGGCGCUACUUCAUUCUGUCUUCUCAAACGGCUAUCCACCGAGAGUACCGUGCUGAGGUGGAGCGCUUGAAGGAAGAAAACGGAGAAGCACUGCUCCUCCUGGACAAGUGUAGCAACCUCUCUCAGGGGGCCGCCUCUGCACGGAAACGCUGCUGCAAGGGACAGGUGUAUGACUACCCACAGAUCCUGCAGGAGUCUUCAUUCUGUGUGGUUUUGCGGGGGGCGCGUUUGGGACAGGCCGCCCUCAGUGAUGUGCUGCAAGCUGGCUGUGUCCCCGUCAUCCUUGCCGACUCGUACAUUCUGCCGUUCUCUGAAGUACUCGACUGGAAAAGGGCAUCUGUGGUUAUUCCAGAGGAGAAGCUAUCAGAGAUGUACACCAUCCUAAAGAGUAUUCCUCACAGACAAGUCGAAGAGAUGCAGAGACAGGCCCGCUGGUUCUGGGAAGCCUACUUCAGCUCCAUGAAGGCUAUUGGCUUGACAACGCUCCAGAUCAUCAAUGACCGCAUCUACCCCUAUGCUGCACGAACUUAUGAGCAGUGGAACAAUCCUCCCGUGGUGAAGUGGUCCAGUGUGAACAGCCCUCUGUUCUUGCCACUUAUCCCACCCAGAGCCCCUGGGUUCACUGCAGUGGUGCUGACCUACGAUCGCGUCGAGUCUCUUUUCCGGGUCAUCACAGAAAUCUCUAAGGUGCCUAGCUUGGCUAAGCUGCUGGUGGUGUGGAAUAACCAGAACAAGAGUCCUCCUGAGGAGUCUCUUUGGCCAAAGAUCGGCGUUCCUCUCAAAGUGGUGCGAACAAAAGAGAACAAGCUGAGUAACCGCUUCUUCCCGUACGACGAGAUCGAGACAGAAGCUGUGCUAGCGAUCGACGACGACAUCAUCAUGCUGACAUCUGAUGAACUGCAGUUUGGCUACGAGGUGUGGAGGGAGUUCCCAGACCGGCUGGUGGGCUACCCAGGCCGGCUGCACCUUUGGGACCACGAAAUGGGGAAGUGGAAAUAUGAAUCGGAGUGGACCAACGAGGUCUCCAUGGUCCUAACUGGAGCCGCCUUCUACCACAAGUACUUCAACUAUUUGUACACCUACAAGAUGCCUGGAGACAUCAAGAACUGGGUGGACGCUCACAUGAACUGUGAAGAUAUUGCCAUGAACUUCCUGGUGGCUAACAUCACGGGCAAAGCCCCCAUAAAGGUGACCCCCAGGAAGAAGUUCAAGUGCCCUGAGUGUACUGCCAUUGAUGGACUGUCCCUGGAUCAGACGCACAUGGUGGAGAGAUCUGAGUGCAUCAACAAGUUUGCAUCGGUGUUUGGCACGAUGCCUCUGAAGGUGGUGGAACACCGUGCGGACCCUGUGCUCUACAAAGACGAUUUCCCAGAGAAGCUCAAGAGCUUCCCCAACAUCGGCAGCCUCUGACCGGUCCGUCGUAGCCUCCGUCACCAACAUCGUCUUUUAUAUCAAGACAUCAAUAUUCGGGCUAAAGCGGCACAUGCGGCGCCUCUCACCUUUUCCAUGUGAUGAGGAUGAUGACUUGUUUAUUUGGCUGAAAGUGAAAGAUAUUCUCAAACAUUUACCGAUAUGAAUGCACACACUGUUACAUGAUCUGUUAUUGGAGGGUCACCCUGAGUGGAUGUGUGAUGGACAGGCUGGCUGGCUGACUGAAGGCUUGUGGUUUCUCACUGUUACUGUUUGGAGCUGGAAGCUUUGAGCUCCAGCUGCUCUGGAGUCAGUGUAUACAGUGUAUAUAUUUGUAUUUCGCAGCAGUGCUGUAUAAUAGUCAUAAUGUAUGAUGCUCCAACCAGGAAUUAUUAUUUUUUAUUUUUAUUUUUUCAAAAGAUGACAUGGACCUGAUUAUUUGUCCUGUAUUAAAAGUAAAACAUGUUUCAUUUACAUGACGUAUAUAUGCUUGGAUGACGUAUCUGUGUAGGCUUUAUCGAUCGGUUAAUUGAGUGUGAUAACAAACAGUAUACAAACCAAGAUGAUGUACAGUAAAUGUUUCACAUACGUUCUGCUUUAAUCAGAUUGCGAAGCUGGUACCAUGAAUUUAAAAUUUAGAAAGAUUAACUAAUGACUUUAAAAAGACUGCUGAACAUCUUGAAUUGUCAUUUCAUACGGCCUGAGCAAGCUUUUUGUUAUGUUUAUGUAUAACAAAAGCAGCGCUGCUAAUUUAAGCAGCUACUACGUCAUUUCAUGAGCUGAGUUGUGUGUGUGAACACUGCAUAAGCAUAGGAGUAACUAUUUGUUUGCCAUGCAUUCAAAGAAAUGUACUGUAUAAUAUUAGACGAUUCCCAAAUCCACACUUUUCAAAACAAUUUGUAUAAACUGCAAUGCAUUGUUUUUCAUUUUCCAUUAUUCCUGUUGUGUGUGUAUAUUUUUGUCUUUUAUCAAAAUUUGUCCCAGCUCUAGUAUUUUGGCUAUAACAUUGAAAGCAAUGCCAUCUUUAAGAUGUUAACCUUGCCCAGUGAUGGUUUUAUUUGCCUUUUUUAUUAUUAUUUUCAUAAGGUCAGUGAAAUUAUUUAAAAAUUUUUUGACUGCUUUUAUGUAUCCGAGUGUACAUAUGACUUUUUAAUACACGAUAAGUAAAGACAACACUAAUAUGUCUCAAAAUAUUAAUGUUCCUUUUUCUGUGUGUGUGUGUGUGUGUGUGUGUGUGAGUGUGAGAGAGAGAGAGAGUGGUGGGAAGAAGAAGAAGAAAAAAGACUUUUUUUUUUUUUUUUUUUUAACUUUUUCUUUACUCCAAUCUGUGACCGUCUGACGCAGACCUUCCGUGUCACAUACGAUGCUCUGCGCCACUCCAGCCCGUCACCUGUUGUUAAUAUACGCGGCCUAAUCCACCCUGUUCAAUGUCAGCAGUUCAGAAGGGCGCAGUUUGUAUUAUUGUCAACUUCAAUUAGUGCGAAACUCAUGCGGGCUGUGCGAUCUCAUUUCAGCACUCGUCUCUUCAAAGGGACAGAAAUGUGUGUGGAUUUGAGAAUGGGACUAAAUGGUGACACAAUAUGUUGGCAAGGUGCUGCAAUGCAAUAACAUGCUGCAGAUUCAAGUUGUGGCCGACCAGUUUAUUUAGCUGACGACUUGAAAGGCUUUUCUUUAGACUGGGAGUGAUUUGAGAGAUCUCUACUAAAAGGAGAAUAGUUAUCUGUGUUAACAGCUAGAGGGAACCACCAUUACCUUCUACCUUCUAUAGACCAUUUAAACAUAAUUACAUUGCUAGGCAGCAGCUUGGGUCCAUGUUUACUUCCUGUCUGCUUGUGUCAUUCUCACACCGCAAAACCGGAAAUAAACUGAUUAGUUUGAAACGUUUACAACUGAA